AUGCUUAGUCUAUAUCUAAUCCUAUUUCUUUCUUUAUUCAAUUGUAUCAAGUCAAAGAGUUUGUCAGGUGACAGAACUUUAGUGCUCUACGAUGAAAGAAUAAGUUCUGUAGACGAUUAUUCUAAUUUCUUCCAAUUGUUAAAUGAGCGUUCAUAUGAAUUGACUACUUUAGACGUGUCAAAUGCUAAUACUACUGUGGAUUUAUUCCAAAACGAAAACAGAUUGUACGAUAAUUUAAUUAUCCUACCUGUUAAGGGUAAACAUUUGAAUAAAUAUACUCCUGCAAAGAGAUUAUUAAAAUUUAUUGAAGAUGGUGGUAAUAUUAUCUCAGUAACGGCACCAAAUGCUGCACCAGAUUCUGUUCGUUUAUAUUUGAAUCAAUUGGGGAUUUAUCCAUCUCCAAAAGAUCAAAAAUUGAUAGAUUACUUCCAUUCUAACAAAAAACAAGAAAUUGAUGACACUAAAACAUCAUCUAAUAAUUUAUUAAAUGAUUACGUUUACACUGUUAAUGGGGAGACUACUUUCGAAUUUGGCAAAUCUUCUGCAGCUCUUUUGGCCGAUCGUGAUCAAGUUAUUCCAAUUUUAAAGGCUUCGAAGACUUCCUUAACAAAGGGUAAAUCUGAUACUACUGCCUCGUGGACAAUUGGUUCAGAAGGGUAUUUGGUCGCAGGUUUCCAAACUCUUCACAACGCACGUUCCCUUUGGAUUGGUAGCAAUGACUUUUUUCUUAACAAGAAUUUCAAAAUAAAUCAAGAUUUUAUCACUGAAUUAAUCAAAUGGGCUUUCAAUGAGAAAUCAGUAAUUAAAUCAGUUGGCUUCACACACUCACAUGUUGAUGGUGUUACAUACGAUGAAGUCAAAUAUAAAAUAAAUGAUGAUGUUGUUUAUGAGAUCGGCUUAUCUGAAUGGGAUGGUGAAAAUUGGAAACCAUAUCAAACUCAAGAUAUUCAAUUCGAAUUGAAAAAAGUUGAUCCAUACUACCGUAUAAAUUUGAUACAAUCUAGAAAGUCUAAGACAGCUCAAUACUAUACUACUGGUGAAUUCAAAUUGCCAAAUCAACAUGGUAUGUUCAAAUUUUUAACCUCGUAUAAGAGAAGAGGACUAUCUUUUGUCGAAGAAUCAGAUGUUAAGGCUGUUCGUCACUUAGCAAAUGAUGAAUAUCCAAGAUCUUUCACUAUCACCAACGCAUGGGUUUAUUUAACAUCGAUCUACGGUGUUAUCUUAUCUUUUAUUUUAUUUACUUUUUUCUUCAUCUCAACGCCAAUUGUAACAAAGAAGGUUAAAGUUGAAAAGAAAACUAAUUAG